AAAGUCGUGAUUUUAGGCUCGCAAGGCGUAGGGAAGACGUCGAUCGUUCAUCGCUAUACGACGGGUCAAUUUAGUGCUGCAUCGAUGCCUUCGACCAUCGGCGCUUCCUUCCUGACCAAACGCCUGAUCGUCUCUGGGACGAAGAUACGCUUACAGAUCUGGGAUACAGCCGGCCAGGAACGCUUCAGGAGCAUGGCACCGAUGUACUACCGCGGCAGCCAUGCGGCGAUCAUCGUCUAUGAUAUCACGAAUCGCAAAAGCUUAGUGGAUCUGCGCAGCUGGAUCGAAGAACUGCGCAAGAACAUGGGAGACGACUUGACAAUCCAUAUCGUCGGCGCGAAGAAUGAUUUGGAGCAGCACCGGGAAGUC